AUGGAGGUGUUGCUCGGAAUCACUGGCAAGGACUUCACCAUCGUCGCCGCCUCGAAAGCGGCCAUGCGAGGCGCAUCCAUCUUGAAGGCCAGCGACGACAAGACCCGCCAACUCAACAAGCACACUCUGAUGGCAUUCAGUGGAGAGGCAGGCGACACAAUACAAUUCGCCGAGUACAUCCAAGCCAACAUCCAGCUCUACUCGAUGCGCAACAGCACCGACCUCACACCCUACGAGGCCGCCUCCUUCGUGCGCUCCGAGCUCGCCAAGUCCCUGCGCUCCCGCUCACCCUACAGCGUCAACCUCCUCCUCGGCGGCUUCGACGACAUCUCCAACACCCCACAACUCUACUGGAUCGACUACCUGGCCUCAUGCGCACCACUCCCCUACGCCGCCCACGGCUACGCACAGUACUACUGCCUCAGUAUCCUCGACAAGCACCACCACCCCGACAUCUCCUUCGAGCAGGGCAUGAAGAUCUUGAGGAUGUGCACGGAUGAGCUGAAGAGGCGGUUACCGAUCGACUUCAAGGGUGUGUUGGUCAAGGUUGUGACGAAGGAUGGGAUUAGAGUGGAGCCGUAUGAGGAUGACAAGCAGGUGUUGGCACCGUAG